CCUCGGCGCGGCGCUCGGGGAUCAGCUGGCGGGCGGGCGCCGAAGCGGCCCCGGCUCUGCGGCAGCGCCGCCUCCUCCGCGACGCAGGCCGGCGGCCGUGGCUAUGUCGCGGGGCUGGUAGCUGGGCUCGGCGCCGGGCUGCCGCUAGUUUAAACUUAAACGAUCGCCCUCCGAGGAGGAGGAGGGGACCCAUCGCGAUUGACAGUGUAUUCCUGCAGGCGCCGUCCCUCAGCCCCCACCCCACGGCCGGAUUCCCGUGGCUCUGCUCCGAGCUGAAACCCGAGAAGAAAUCCUUAGAGCUCUUUACAACGAAUACGAACCGAGAAACCAUCGGCAUUUUGCCUUGGCGUUUCCUAUCGGAAAGAUGAAGAAGUUUUUCGACUCCAGGCGGGAGCAGGGCAGCUCUGGCCUGGGCUCAGGCUCCAGCGGAGGAGGGGGCAGCAGCUCAGGCCUGGGCAGUGGCUACAUCGGAAGGGUCUUUGGCAUCGGGCGGCAGCAGGUCACCGUGGACGAGGUGCUGGCGGAAGGUGGAUUUGCUCUUGUCUUUCUGGUGAGAACAAGCAAUGGGGUGAAAUGUGCCUUGAAACGUAUGUUUGUCAACAAUGAGCAUGACCUCCAGGUGUGCAAGAGGGAAAUUCAGAUCAUGAGGGACCUAUCAGGGCACAAGAACAUUGUGGGCUACAUCGAUUCUAGCAUCAACAAUGUAAGCAGUGGCGACGUAUGGGAAGUUCUCAUUCUCAUGGACUUCUGCAGAGGAGGCCAGGUGGUAAACCUGAUGAACCAGCGUCUACAAACAGGCUUUACAGAGAAUGAAGUCCUGCAAAUAUUCUGUGAUACCUGUGAGGCUGUUGCCCGCCUACAUCAGUGCAAAACUCCUAUUAUCCACCGGGACUUGAAGGUUGAAAAUAUCCUCUUGCAUGACCGAGGCCACUAUGUCUUGUGUGACUUUGGAAGUGCCACCAACAAAUUCCAGAACCCACAGGCCGAGGGAGUCAAUGCAGUAGAAGAUGAGAUUAAGAAAUACACAACACUGUCCUAUCGAGCUCCAGAAAUGGUCAACUUGUAUAGUGGCAAAAUCAUCACUACAAAGGCAGACAUUUGGGCUCUUGGCUGUUUGUUGUAUAAAUUAUGCUACUUCACUUUGCCAUUUGGAGAGAGCCAGGUGGCAAUUUGCGACGGAAGCUUCACAAUUCCCGAUAACUCUCGAUAUUCUCAAGACAUGCAUUGCCUUAUUAGGUACAUGUUGGAACCAGACCCUGACAAAAGGCCGGAUAUUUACCAGGUUUCUUACUUCUCAUUUAAACUACUCAAGAAAGAAUGUCCAAUUCCAAAUGUACAGAACUCUCCCAUUCCUGCAAAACUUCCUGAACCAGUGAAAGCGAGCGAGGCAGCUGUGAAAAAGACCCAGCCAAAGGCCAGACUGACAGAUCCCAUUCCCACCACAGAGACUUCAAUCGCACCCCGCCAGAGGCCUAAGGCUGGGCAGACUCAGCCAAAUCCAGGAAUCCUUCCCAUUCAGCCGGCCCUGACUCCUCGUAAGAGAGCCGCCAUUCAGCCCCUACCUCAGGCUGCAGGACCCAGCAAUCAGCCUGGCCUUCUAGCCAGUGUUCCCCAACCUAAAGCCCAACCUACACCCAAUCAACCUCUUCAACAAUCUCAGCCCAAGCAGCCACAAGCUCCACCCACCCCACAGCAGACACCUUCUAACCAGACCCAAGGUCUGCCAACCCAGGCCCAAGCCACUCCCCAGCACCAGCACCAGCACCAGCUCCUCCUCAAGCAGCAGCAGCCGCAGCAGCAGCAGCAGCAGCCACAGCAGCAGCAGACAGCACCACAACAGCCAACAGGCACCUUUUACCAGCAGCAGCAGCAGCAGCAGCAGCAACAGCAGCAGCAGCAAGCUCAGACGCAGCAGUUUCAGGCAGCACAUCCAGCAGCCCAGCAACCAGUCACUGCUCAGUUCCCGGUGGUAUCCCAGGGAGGCUCUCAGCAACAGCUGAGACAGAAUUUCUAUCAGCAGCAGCAGCAGCAGCAGCAGCAGCUGACUCAGCAGGCUGCCCUGCAGCAGAAGACUGCUGUGGUAGUACCACAGCCUCAGGCACAGCCGGCCACAGCCCCACAGCCAGCCGCUGCCCAGGAGCCUGCGCAGAUUCAAGCUCCACCAAGACAACAGCCAAAGGUUCAGACAACUCCUCCUCCAACCAUCCAGGGUCAGAAAGUUGGAUCUCUCACUCCUCCAUCAUCCCCCAAAACCCAACGUGCUGGGCACAGGCGGAUUCUCAGUGAUGUAACCCACAGUGCAGUCUUUGGGGUUCCUGCCAGCAAAUCAACCCAGCUGCUCCAGGCAGCUGCAGCUGAGGCCAGUCUCAAUAAAUCAAAGUCUGCAACCACCACUCCCUCAGGCUCUCCACGAACCUCGCAGCAGAAUGUCUCCAGUGCUUCCGAAGGUUCAACAUGGAAUCCUUUUGAUGAUGACAAUUUCUCCAAACUCACAGCUGAAGAGCUGCUCAACAAAGACUUUGCCAAGCUUGGGGAAGGAAAGCUUCCUGAGAAGUUGGGUGGCUCAGCAGAGAGUUUGAUCCCAGGCUUCCAGUCAACACAAGGAGAUGCUUUUGCCACUUCCUCCUUUUCUGCUGGAACUGCUGAAAAAAGGAAGGGUGGGCAGGCUGUGGACUCUGGCAUCCCACUUCUAAGUGUAUCUGAUCCUUUUACUCCUCUUCAAGUACCUGAUGCUCCAGAAAAACUAAUUGAGGGACUCAAAUCUCCUGAUACUUCUCUUCUGCUCCCUGACCUCUUGCCUAUGACAGAUCCUUUUGGCAGCACUUCUGAUGCUGUGAUUGAAAAGUCCGAUGUUGCUGUUGAGAGUCUCAUACCUGGACUGGAGCCGCCUGUUGCCCAGCGCCUCCCAUCUCAGACGGAGUCUAUGACCUCGAACCGCACAGACUCUCUCACUGGGGAAGACUCCCUGCUGGACUGCACUCUGCUUUCUAACCCCACUGCUGACCUUCUGGAAGAGUUUGCCCCCAUAGCACUCUCUGCUCCCUCUCAUAAAGCUGCAGAAGACAGUAGCCUCAUCUCAGGUUUCGGAGUCGCUGAGGGCUCGGAAAAGACGGCAGAAGAUGAGUUUGACCCUAUCCCUGUUCUGAUAGCCAAAAACGCGCAAGGUGGGCACUCUAGAAACAGCAGUGGGAGCUCUGAGUCCAGUCUUCCCAACCUAGCCAGGUCUUUGCUGCUGGUGGAUCAGCUCAUAGACCUGUAGCCGUGAGCCAGCAGCAGACGCAGUUCUGUAACCUUCAAGCCGUAAUACACAUUUGCAUUACGGAGUUACGAGAAAUAUGAUUUUUAAAAAAAAAUCUGCAAAUAAGGGGCCCUCAAGCCCCUUUCUCCUACCCCUUGCCUUCUCCUAUAGAAAUGAUAAGGAAAGAAAAAUCUCUGACCCUCCAGAUCCGUUCCUUGGCCGACUCUUCUCGUUAGUUUGCUGUGUUUUCUCAUUCCCCAUCUUCAAUAGCAUUACCUUAACUCAAGUGCUAGCUGCCCUGAGCUUCACCUCUGCUGGAAUCCACUCACAGAAGCUUGACUGUCACUGAGCUUAUGAUGGACACUUUGUCUCAUUCUUGCUAGAAAUUGCCCCAUGACAGUCCUACAUAGCCUGUCUCCCAGAUGCUGAUGAAUGUGUGUCCAUUCUUGCUUUCUAUCCUGAUGCAGUAUCAUGAGGCUAUGGCAGCUAUAGCUGGUUUUAUCCCCAGGCAAUAGUCCGGAGACAGGUGUGCAGUUUAAACAGGGCAAAACUAAUAGGAUAUGUUUGUGAAGAGAAUUGGCUCAGCUCUAGCCAGCUCACUUGGACCUGGUUUGGAAAUAGAUUGAGCCAAGGGGUCUUACGCCCAUGCAGCCUUCUCAGCCAUCUAGUUUGUCUAGCGAUCUGGCUUCCAUUGAACUGUGAUUUGUCCAAUCUGGAGGCGUGACUACAAGUGCUGGAGAUCCCUGAAUAAAGACGUAUGUGAUAGAAAUACCAAGCAUUGCUAUCCUUCCAUGUUAGCUGGCCCAAGCUGGGAUCUCAGAAUUAGACCAAAACAAGACAGUGGUGGGAACAGGAUACCUUUUACUAGAAGACUUUUCAUGGGGGGUGGAUGGGGAAGGGAAGGAAUUGUAGCAGAAACAGAUGUAUUUUUCUUGUGAUUUUUUUAUUUUGAAUCAAAUAUUGUAAAUUGUGUAUAAAUGAAGAUGCUGAAUAGUUCUGUUUCCACUUGGCAUUUCAAAUCUGACAUCAGGUGUCUGUACAGGGUUUUGAUCUCUUUCGCUUGUAUAACCACAUAGCAGUCCUACAGUGUAACACAUGGAACUGUUUCAAGUAGAGUGUAUGUCUUGCUCUAAGCUUUCAGCAGGCCUUUGUCUCUGUAGAACAAGCAUGUUGUUUAUUUUCAGAUAAUCAGAAAUAAGUGUGCUGGCCCAGUUUGACUGUGGCUGCUUCCCUUCUCUCUGGUGUUGAAGUGGCUGAAGCCAAUGGAAUAUGUGCAGCUAGCUGCCUUUCCUUGGCUUCCUAGAGUGAAAAGACCUUAGACUAUUGUUCACAGAUUUCCAUAAAGACCCUGCCCUCGCCCUACAACAUGCUCCCCCAGUCACCCUCUGUGUACUUACUCAUCAAGGUGUGUUUCCUUCUGAUGUGGAGAGCACUUUUGUAAAAUCACCCUUUAGAAGAGGAGUGGGCACCAAGAGCCCCUUCCUCCAGUGCCAUUCUCCAGGGUUGGAAGGGAAACGCUUAAGUUUGUCAGAUUUGUACAAAUAAAAUCCCAAAUCUAUUUGCUUGUUCUCUACUACUACUUUGUUUCUUGCUCACAUUUGCACUUUAAGUGGUGGGGAACCAGCAGCAGCAGCAGCAGCAGCAGGAGCCUGCAAGCCCGGCCCUCUGGAGGACCACCAUUGUCUCCAGCAAUGGGACAGCAGGAGGAGUGGACACUCAGUCUUCCUUCUGACUUAAAAUCCUUCCUGGGCCAGCUGAACCCAAAUGAGCUGAGGAAAGGCCUCUGCUAGAAGAGAUGGUUUCUACAGGUGAGCGAGGCACGGUGUACAGCGAGGAUGGAGGAGAUGUCAUGAAGAGCUCUCCACAAGUGGGCUGCUGGGAAGCAGGACUUGGUUAACCCCUUGGUGGACAGGAAAUGGUUGUGUCCUCUUUCCUGGACAUAGAAAGAAUGUAUAAACUAAUGAAGGAAAUGUUUAUUUUUAAAUAAGGCUAAUGUUUUAGGUCUGUGUUUUCAUAUUUGUUUUUUCCUCAUGAAAACAUUAGCACUAUAAUGAAAUGUCAGCUUUCUCAGUUUAAUUGCAGCUAUGAAGAGUGCAGUCUAGAAAUUAGGUUAAGUGUCUCUAACCCACUUCUUCAUGUGUCACCCGGAAUUAUAUUGAGAUCUAUUGUGUAGUCGCUUAAUGGAGACACUAAUGAAAAUGAACAGACUGUCGCCAGGGAAGAUGGUAAAGCCUGGGUGAGGGAACAAGAGACCUAGGCAGGCUGACCCUUAGGAGUAAAGCUUGGGUGGGCAGAGCUACUUCUCUAUGGAGAAGUACAUUCUAGUGACUGGGCCAGCACAGCCUUCCUUUGCUGCAGCCUAAGCUGAGGGAGUAGCUUGAGAAGAGCAUGGUGUGUGGUAACUAGAGAUGCACAGGACAAGACUGAAUUAUAUCAGGGACUGCAGAGACUAUCCACUAGUCCAUUUACUUCAUCUCACUGGUGUGGACCUGACUGAUGAAGACUGGCUGUUGAGAAAAGGGGCCGGGGCAACUCAGGCUUCUGGUAACCCGUCCAGACCCUGGCUUAUGACCUUGGACAGGCACUCUACUCCUCAUAACUGAUGCUGGAUUGUACACAGGAUGGUUUUGGAUAGAGGAUGUGUGAGGCAGUAGAAGCACAGCAUUGUUAUGCUAUUGUAUCUAGGAGGACUAUGAAGGAUUGUAUAAUCUGGAUGUCCUUCAGGUAACUUCUAUGCUCUUGCCAUUCCUAAGCUUUCUUCAGCAUUUACUAACAGAGGAUUGGAGUGGGCAAUAUUUAAUCUUGUUGCUACUUGCUGGUUACCUGACUAAAAGCCCACAUCAUUGGAAGCUUGGAGAUAGAUUUUUCUUCUGUAAUAUUAGGCACACACAACCUUACCUAGUACAGUAAAACAGAAUCCAGAGACUUCUAUUAUUUCAAUCUGUGUAAUCAGGGAUUUGCCAUUAAAAUAUGGGCAAAUACAAUGUACACAUGUUUUAUUUGAUCUUCUCUCUGCUGAGUGGAAGUAAUUACUGUACCAGAAAGUAUCACAAAUUGGUAUUUCCCCCAGAUAACCAAAUUUAAUUCCCAAAGUUUCUAAAAAUACGGUCCUCAAAGGAGAUGAGGUUUAAGUGGUCACUUCUAAGUAGUACAGUAAUUGUUACAGUGAUUUGUGAAGUAGAUAGAUCAGAAAUGUUUCAUGUGUUUGAUUGUUCCCCUUGGAAGCAUCUGAUUUUGCUUGGGAAGGGAAUGCUAACCCUAGCAAAGCAGGCCAGUGUCAGCUGAGUCGUUCUUAAACUCUUGUCCUUAGACAUGACAUCUCCAGCGAGAAUAUGGUUGUGUUUUCUCAGUAGCCUCCCUCACAGCAUCCACAAGUCUUCUUAUGUUUUUUUCUCUGAUACCUCUGCCUCUGAGUAACACUGAGUAUUCCAAAACGCAGAACCACUCUGAUAAGAUGAAGACUUUGAAACUCCACAGGCGGUUCCUGGAGAAGACUUCAUAGCUGAGAGAGAUUUCCCCAGCACUGAGAUAGGGGAGGUUUACAGUCCUCUGGUCUUUAGGAAACUUAAAUUUAAAGAUGCAGGUUUUAAACCCCACUGAUAGAGGUUGUCACUCUGCUCGUUGACAUUUCACUUUGGACUUGGCUCCUCCUGAUCAGAUUGGAAUUCUAGAACUUGGAUUUCUAAUAAUUGGAAGAAAACAAACCCAAAAGGGAAUCUGUUUUUCUUAAGAUGUGAUAUUUUUGUGAUUUGCAAUUCUCAUUUCCUGUACUCCCGGAUGAGUGUUUGUUUUGAUUCAAACCAACAUAGUCUUCCCCCAGGCCAGGGUUAGUUUUGUCUUCAGCAGUGCCCAGGGAAUGAGGAGAACUUUGCGAUGGGGGUGGCUGUCUGUGCUCCGUGAACUAAUGAUGCUGGAGCCACCUUGGGUCAAGCUAAUGUCUCCUGUGACAAGGUUCCUCUGGCAUCAAGCGUCUUUACCCUUCCUGGUCUGCAAGAUGACUGCAUUCUGUUGCCACUGACAUGGAGUUUGGGGAUGCGAAUGACAGCAUCGCCCAGAACAGAGUUAAGCAAAUCAGAGGCUGCCCAACAGAAUGUUUAGAGUGGAGUGUUCAGUGAAUACUUGCAGAUACGGCAAGCUAAUUUAUAUUCCUCUCUAGAGACCAAUUUUACCCGUGCAAAAAUUAGACCUUUCCGUUCCACAAUGAUAAUGUUUCCCAAGUUGGAUGUGCUUGGCUUUUGUGAACUGAAUGAAUCCCAGAUGGCCUCCAUUUCAGUCUGUAACAAGAUAUCCUAUGUAGUUUCCCCUGGGUUUUCUUUCACUAACUGGGAGGGAGGAGGCCUGGAGGCUGCUUGGGUAAUGCUAACUCAUGCAGUUCCCAAAGGGUGACAGUUGGUAGAAGGGAAGACCUUCCUUGGUUCUCACUUUGGUGCAGUGUCCUGAAUUCACGUCUGUGGGUAUUCUCUCAUGCCUUGUUGUACAUGCCUUUGUCACCUGGAUGGAUUCUUCCUUUAGGUCUUUAACUUGUCUUCCCCAGGGAAGCAAAGCAAAAUGAUGGAAUGAAGCUAUCUUGUGCAGUAAAAUGUGAAAAAUGAACACUGCUUUGCAAGUAUUGUAUAAAUAAGUCUGUAAACAAAUUUCUUAUGUAAACAUACAGAGGAAUAAAGCUUUUAUCUGUUCAAACAA